AUGUUAAAGGAAAGAGAUGCAUUUAGUGAUGUCUAUGAGUUCAGAAAGGUCCUAAAAGAUUAUGUCAUACAGGAAGGAUUUAAUAUCAAAAGGGCACAACAACAAGGCUAUUUAAUAGGGUGUAGACCUUUCAUAGACAUUGAUGGUUGUUUUUUGAAUGGGCCAUAUGGAGGGGUGCUACUUGCUGUUGUAUCUGUUGAUGCCAACAAUGGGUUCUUCCCACUUGCAGUUGAUGUAUGUGAAGGAGAGAAUUCAGAAAGUUGGGGGUGGUUUUUGGAGCUGUUAAUGGAUAGUGUGGGUGAGAUAGAAUCAAGGAUAGUCAUAUGUAUGACUGAUAGACAAAAGGGGAUAUUGAAUGCCCUUGCUAAGAUAUGGCCAAACUCACAUGUCAAAUAUUGUGGUCGACAUGUAUAUGCAAAUAUGAGAAGCAAGUUCCCUAGUUUGUUGUUGAGGUCUUUAUUUUGGUCAGUUGCAAGGGCAACCAAUAUUGUCGAUUUUAAGCAAGAAACGGAGCAAAUUAAACAGUUAGAUUCCAAGGCAUGGGAAUGUCUAAACAACAUUCCUGCUAAGCAUUGGUCACGAUAUGCUUUUAACAUGGAAUGCAAAGUGGACCAUGUCACUAACAAUAGCACUGAGUCCUUUAACUUAUGGAUUGAGUGUAUUAGAGGAAAACCAAUUCUUCAGAUGUUAGAGGACCUAAGAAGAAUGAUCAUGGAGAGGAUUAGUAGUAGAAAACACAAAGAUGAGAUGUGGGAAAGUGAUAUUCCACCACCGGUGCAGAAGAGGUUGGAUGACAAUGCUACUAAAGGUAGACUUAUGAGAGUGAUAUUUGGUAGGGCUAAUGACUAUGAGGUAUUAAAGGAGACAGUGGUUGUAGUUGUCAACUUGUACGCUAAAAGUUGUGACUGUGGGAUGUGGCAGUGCUCCGGUGUUCCUUGCAACCAUGUUAUGGCUAUAAUAAUGAACAUUAGAGAGGAAUUUGGAAAAUUUAUAGAUGUGCAGUUGAAGAAACACAUGUACAUCAACACUUAUAGUGUGACCAUCCAUCCUAUACCAAGAUAG